GUCGAUGGCAGACGCAAGAGCGCGAGACAUUGUCCACAUGCAGCAUCAAAGCUAUAUAUGAUUUUAGCUUCGUUGCAGUCGAGCUGCGCACACCGAUGAAUCAAAUUGGCCGUGAGACACAUACUCGUGGCACAGUGCGCGAUCGGGACGGCAAAUAUAUAUAGCAGUGCUGCACUCGCAGCAGAUAAGGCGCGAUAGUCGCGUCCGUGGACAAAUUACAAGCCGCGCAAAGUCAUGCCUCGGACGAGGACCAUCGACGCUCCCGCGUUCGAGGAGCAAUUGGAGAGGAACAAGGAGCUGAAGCGCGCCGACGUCGAGCUGCUGAGGGAAUGGUGCUCGAAGAAUCCACACCUGCCGAGCGACAUCAGCGACAACGAGCUGGCCCUCUUUCUGCACAGCAAUUACUACGAGGUCGAGCCAGCCAAGGCGAGCAUCGACACCUUCUACACGUUCAGAAGCCACGUGCCGGAAUUUUUCGCCGAUCGAGACCCCGUCGAAUCGAGGGCGCUGCGAAAAAUGUUCGAUACCUUGUGUAUGAUAACGCUGCAAGGGACGACGCCCGAAGGCUACGCGGUCAUGUUCGGCAAGCUGCUCGACCGCAACUCGGGCAAUUACAACUACGACGACAACAUCCGCUACUUUGGCAUGAGCGUGGACGUGCUGAUGCACGAGAAGGGCAGCCUGAGCCCGGGCCUCGUCAUAGUGUUCGACGUGGAGGGCGCGAGUCUGGGCCACGCGGCCCACUUCAGCCCCUCGUCCUUCAAGAAGUUCCUCUUCUACCUGACCAAGGCUCUGCCGGUGCGUCUCAAGGCCCUGCACUACAUCAACACGAGCUCGGUCAUGGACUUUAUGCUCACGCUCAUGAAGCCUUUCAUGAACAAGAGCUUGAUGGAUCUCUUGCAUCUACACUCGUCGCCAGAGAGCCUCGACAAAUUCGUCCCUCUGCAUAUAUUACCGAACGAGUACGGAGGAAAGGCCGGAGCGCUGCUCGACUUGCACAAAGCCCAGAUAGCCAAACUCGAGGCCUACAGGGACUGGUUCCUCGAGGACGAGCGGAGCGGACGAGUCGACGAGAGCAAACGCAUCGGCGAGCCCAUGAAUCCGACCAAACUCUACGGGGGAUCGCGCGCUAAAGCCAAUUUACAAAAACUCGACAUCGAUUAAAACCUCGUCAUCGGCCGCCAGCGACUUUCAACGCAUUACGUAAUCCGAUCGACGCGCGGCUAUUUAUACGCGACUUUUUCAAACUGGAAAUCGUUCACGCGACCAAAUUCACUUUGGAAUCAAAAAUUUUGCGACGCGAUGAUAAAAUUUACUCGAGCCGAGGGGUUUCGUCGAAACGCGACAAUGGCAUUUGCGAAGAAAAAUCCAUGGCCUACGUAUUUCGUGGACACGCCAGAUAGCGUCGAGCAGUGACAGAGUGGUGGUGGCUCUUUUUUAAUUAGCAUCGGCCCGAGAGAAAUGUAUAGUUCGACGACGCGAUACGCACUCCGCCUCGGUGUUUCCUUACUCGAGGGGCGCGGCUCGCUUUUCCUUCUUUACGAGUCGCAGUGGAGUGUCUUGCGGAGGGUGCGCUGCACCUACCCCAUAGGCACGCGGAUUAAUGACUCGCUCGUCCGCCAGCCGCGCGUCCAUUUCGCUGCUCGCAACAGCAGAAAACUGUGCGCGUGCACUAUACCUUACGAUGUCGAGCGAGAAGAAAACCCUUUUCAACUCUGCCGCGAGGGCAAGAGCGAACAACAACGAGACAACCGAACUGAUAUUCAACAACGUAUAUUGCCUAGCCAUUCGACGGGGGAAUGUACAAGGAGCAUCUCUCGUUCCAAAGCAGACGCCAAGGUGAAUUUCUAAUGCGUUGUUCAUGAAGCAAUGCUGCUGCCGACUUUGACACGAGCUAUUUUCAUAUUUUUAUAUAAUUUGUUACACUUGACCCGUGUAUACUUGAACAAUGGAAUAAAAUUAUAUUUUCCUCAUUCAGGCAAAGUAAAAUUUA